CCUGCCUGUUUCAGAGGUCCUCUUCUGACAUUCCGCAUUUUCAACAUGGCUGCGUACAUGACACACUUGCUCAAACCUUGGAGUCCGAGGUUAACGUUAGUGAGAUGGAGUCGGUACAAUCCAUACUAUCUGGAGCCGGAGACAACUAAAGACGUGUAUAACAAACCUGAGACUGAGCUUACUCCCGAAGAAAUUGACGACCGUGAGCUGAAGAAAGUUCGUCCAAUCAAGGCGGCAUUGUCGGGUGUCAGCAGCUCUGGCUUCAAUGACCCGUUAAUGAAUAAAUUUGUCAAUAUGAUGAUGCAGGAAGGUAAAAAGAUUCUUGCCAGGGAAAUCAUGACUGAGACCCUGGAGAGCAUAAAAAGGAAACAGGUAGAGAAAUAUCACAAAGCUGGACCAGCAGCCAAGAUGGAGAUUGAAUGUAAUCCUUACACCAUCUUCCAUCAGGCUCUGGAGAACUGCAAGCCAGUCAUUGGUCUAGCCAGCAUACAAAGAGGGGGCAAAUUCUAUCAGGUUCCCAUUCCUCUGACAGACAACCGGCGUCGUUUUUUGGCCAUGAAGUGGAUGAUCACAGAGUGCCGGGACCAUAGGCACCGUCGCACACACAUGUAUGAAAAACUUUCCCAGGAGAUGUUGGCUGCUUUCUCAAACGAAGGCAACGUGAUCAAGAAGAAGCAUGAACUACACAAGAUGGCAGAGGCCAACAGAGCGUACGCACACUACCGUUGGUGGUAAACUGCUGUUGUUCAGCUUUCAGACUGUGUUACAAUGGACAGUGGCGUUUCCUACCUCUCAAACAAGGGAGGGAGGUAAAAUAUGUGCUCUUGUGUUCCCAGUGGUCUGCGCUGGGUCUGUAUAUAAUACAUACAUUUCACCUUGUGUCACUGAAGAGGCGAUGCCAACUACCUGACACUCUGCAAAAGGAAUUACGGCAAAUCUCCUUUUGAGAAGCUGCGAAAUGCUUUGUCAUGUUGGAAACAAAACAAAAAUGAUUAAAUGCUUGACUAAAAGGUUAGACUAAGAGGGCCUGGUGAAAAUGCCAUAGCAUGUGGACUGCAGAAGCUCAGAAAGCUUUAAUAUGUCUUGUAGAACAGGGAGGGAAUCUGUGUGAAAUAUGAUGGGGCUUGUACGUUGUGAAAAUAAAUUAAUAUCUUUAAUGAA